CUGCAAAAAUUUUAUGUGAAGGUGUCUGAAGAGGAAGAGAAUACUUGGGAAAAAUGUGUUAUUUGCCAUGUAAUGACGGUGUUGGUAAGGUGGGCUUCAAUAGCAGCAUCCAUGGGGGUGCACGAGAUGGUGGUGCCGGCUCGAGUGUUGAUCAAUAGUACAGCGCUGCCGCCCGCUACGCGCUCCCCUCCUAUCCAAUAACAGGACCGAUGCACGGGCGUUGUCAAGGCUCCCUAACGUGCUCUGAGUCAAACAUAACACAAGUUUUUCAAGAUGUGCACUUCAGGGUGGCAAACUAAAGGUGGAUUUGGAGAAAAUAGUGAAUUACGCAGUACGACAAUUGCCCUGGCGGUGAAGGGAAGUCUGGGAAUAAAUUUAUUUCUCUCAGAGACACUGUUUCACACACACACAAUCGUAUCGUGCAAAAAAAAAAAAAACCCACGUACCACACCGCUGCUUUUUCUCUUUAGUCGUGAAAGUCGUGUGAGUGAAGGAAAAAAUAUUCUGAAAUGAAGACGUCAACAUAUGCCUUCCAUGCAUUACUGUGAAUUUCGUGGUCAUUUGCCCUGUAUUUGAAAAUCGGCAACCGUGGAGUAGCGUGCAUCCAAGAAGCCGCAUUAUUUUAUUGUUAAGACAUUACCUUUAAUUAAGAAGGCUGGGAUUAAUUACAGUCAGUGCCAGGUAGGUGUUGAGAUGCCAGGACGUGCCCCACACCCCGGCCCUGGCUAACCUUUGUGGUGGACUCGGGUUUUGCUGUCGUGAUGUGACUCCUGUGUCUCACCUCAACACCUCACUCGUCGGUGUCACGCUGCUUCCGUCUCUUAUCUCCUCACCACGCAUUGCUGUUGCGCUGGAGGUGCUUUGGUCAGCGCAGGCAGCGGGCGAGGAGCCGCGGCGGGGAGGCCAGUGCAUGCGGGUGAGUCAUGAAGGGGCGCCCCGUGUGCAGCCCUGAGCCUGGCCAUGACCACCAGCACCCACCAAGGCCCUGACCAGGCCCCGGCGCUCAUCCGCAUCAGCCCUAAAAGAAUACAAACACAGGUAACCCAGGCGGUGCGGUACCGGCCCGUCAGGUCACUCUUGCUGCUCGGGCUGCUCGUGUUGGUGUCCCUCUUCGUCCUCUUCACACUGUCACAGAUGGCGGUGGUGCAGCACACAAUGAUGGCCCACCUUGGUACGGGCGUGUCUCCUGGCUUGGUGGCGGGGGGCGGAGGGACGACAAGCGGGGGGCGAGCGUCUAAAGGAUCAAAGAGACCUUGGCGUCGUCAGUUUAAUCAGUUCAAGAUUGAGCCUUUGCUGGUACGCAACGCCCCGUCCGUGGAGGUGAACUCAGCCAUGGCAGCAAAUCGGCGCAUGGCUAACCAAAUCGCUGCAAUCAUCGUCCGCAACUCCCUCUUAGUCAGCCACUCCAGCCACUCCAAAGCGCACAACACAUCCUCCUCUCAUCAUGUUCCAUCAGAAGACACGAUUGAAGGUACCACCAAUUCCUCUGACAUCAGGAACGACCCACCAGUUUCUUCAAAUCUCCCGCCAGAAUUCCGUCGCCCUGGUCAGAAGGUCUCCUCGACGGAAGUUAAUCGAGGGACGGCGUCACAGGGAUCGGCGGGAGGGAGUGGCGGGCAGGAAGAUAUGAGGAAUGUCACUGAUGUCAUAAGGACGAAAAAUAAACUAAAAGGCAGUUUGGUGAUAGGUGAAGAAAAUGUAAGACAUUCCACAACGUUAGAAAGACAACACGAGACCACGAAAUCUGAGAAGGUUUCCACUUCUACGCUUAAGGACGCGACAAAACCAAAAGUGUGGUGUGACCCUGGUGCAAGUGAUUGUAGUGGACAAAACAGUGCUCUUGUACAAGUGAAUAACAACAUAAAGGUUGGGGGCAAAGAGCAGGACAAAGACUCUAUCAGGAAAGCCACGAACUCCCAAGGAAAUUACGAGAAACAAAAGAACGAGCCAUUAAACUUAAGCAAAACACAUUUACACGACGAAAAUUUAAACUCUACCGACACUGAAAGAAAACUCAAAUACUUAAACGUACCAGACAUUAGUUUGUAUGAAGCCAUCGACGAUGAUGACACUGACCUGGCGUUCAGAAAGAAUGUCUCUAAUAGAAAGGGAGGUCCGUCAUCGCAUCUUUCUGAGGACCAACUAAGGGAUCUUCCUCUGUGCCCCGAGAUUCCUCCAGGACUGAAAGGACACCUCCACGUAGAUUUGGACUACUUGGAAAAGCUCAGCCUGAAGGAGGUGUUGCAUCAGCUGGACUGGGUGUCGCCCGGUGGCAGCUGGAGUCCCGUGCAGGAUCCUCUCAACCCUUGCCUCCCUCGUCAUAAAGUAGCGAUCGUGUUGCCGUACAGAGAUCGCCUCCAUCACCUCAUCAUUCUCCUAAGCUGGCUGCACCCCAUCCUCCGCCGCCAGCAGCUCGAGUAUUCAAUAUACGUCGCCGAGCAGACUGGGAACGCCACCUUUAACAAGGGCUCCAUCAUGAACGCUGGCUUCGUAGAGGCAUGGCAGAGGAGCGACGCCAACUGCUUCGUGUUCCACGACGUUGACUUGCUGCCAGAAGACGACCGGAACAUGUACUCGUGCCCGCCACACCCACGCCAUCUGUCGGUCGGCGUGGACACCCUCGGCUACAAGUUGCCAUACUUCCUGCUCGUGGGAGGUGUGCUCAGUGUCCGCGGUGAUCAGUUCCUGCGCCUCAACGGCUACUCCAACAUGUACUGGGGCUGGGGCGGCGAGGACGAUGACAUGGGAUACAGGAUAAGACAAUCUGGGCUUAGCAUCACUCGACCUGCAGACUCGGUGGCCAAGUACACCAUGAUUCGACACCUCAAGCGUCGACCUCUCACUUGGAAGGUUCGUGGGAAGCUCCUGCGCACCUCUGGCCGGCGAUACAGGCUGGACGGCCUCAACACACUGAAGUACACGCUGCAGGGCCUCCACCGACACCCGCUCUUCACCCACUUGCUCCUCGACGUGGGGACACCUCCAGAAAACCUGAUUCGUCUUGACAGCGGCUAGUGUUUCUCCUCUUACUAAUUAAUGAGUGACGUGUAGUAUUGUUAUUGUUACCGUUGUUGUUGUUAUUAGUAGUAGUUUAAUUAUUAAUAGUAUUUAUUUGUUUAUUGUUGUUAUUACUAUUAUUAUUAUUAUUAUUAUUAUUAUUAUUAUUAUUAUUAUUUAUAUUAUUUGUAUUAUUAUUACUAUCAUUAUUAUUACUGUCUUUAUCAUCUUUGCUAUAACUACUGUAACUGCUACUAUUUCUACUUGUAAUUACAUUUCUGGGGAUGAGCAUACACAACACACACACACACACACACACACACACACACACACACACACACACACACACACACACACACACACACACACACACACACACACACACG